AUGCUCUUGCGCGUGCGCCUGCGCAGGGAUAAGAGCGAGGUAGGGACGGCGCGUGGCCGGCGCCGCUACGGAGACAGCUAGACCAGUGGCUGGAUGGCGCGGGGCGGGGUGGAGCGAACAGGGGCUCUGGGCCCGGCUCUGCGGCUGCUGCUCGGUCUUGGACUAAGCCUGGAGGCGGCCGCGACCCCGCUUCCCACACAGACCUCGGGCCAGGCCGCAGGCUCGUGCCCACCCACCAAGUUCCAGUGCCGCACCGGUGACUUAUGCGUGCCCCUCAACUGGCGCUGCGACACUGAUGAGGACUGCCCUGAUGCCAGUGAUGAAGAGGAAUGCCCGAUUGAGCCGUGUACCCAGAAUGGGCAAUGCCCACCGCCCCCUGGCCACCUCUGCUCCUGUACUGGCGUCAGUGACUGCUCCGGGGAAACCGACGAGAAACUGCGCAACUGCAGCCGCCCAACCUGCCCAGCAGGAGAGCUCCAUUGCACCCUGAGCGAUGAAUGCAUUCCACUCACAUGGCUCUGCGACGGCCACCCAGACUGUUCUGACUCCAGUGAUGAGCUCGGCUGUGGAACCAGUGAGACCCUCCUGAAAGGGAAUGCCACAACUAUGGGGCCGCCUGUGACCUUUGAGAGUGUCACCUCUCUCAGGAAUGCAACGUCCUCUGGAAGACCAAGUGCCUAUGGGGUUAUUGCAGUUGCCGCGGUACUUAGUACAAGCCUGGUGGCUGCCACCCUCCUCCUUUUGUUCUGGCUUCGAGCCCAGGGGCGCCUCUGCCCAAUGGGGCUGCUGGUGAAUGCAAAGGAGUCCCUGGUGGUGUCAGAACGGAAGACUUUUCUGAUCUGAGGACAAACACUGGCCACCACCAUCACCCAGCCCUGGGUGCAGCCGGGCAGGAGGUGAUCAGUGAUGUGGGCAGCCAUAUAGGCGUGCCAGCCCUCAGAGACCAGGGCUGUUCUGGCUAUGUGGAACCUCCAGCCUCAAACUCGAGCUCCUGCAGAAGCAGCCCUGGAGAUUCAGAGUCCCUGGACAUUCCCUAUGGAGACCUGGGGAGCUUGGAAGGGGAACACGCCACAGCCAGAACUGAGGGGCUGGCCCCAGGCAGCUCCCAGGGGGUGGAAUGACCCCAUGCGGAAGACACUCCUGCUGCCCCAUCAGAGGGCGGUGAAUAAAGUUGCUUCACAACCUC